GCUAUAUCGCCGGCCGUUGCUGUCCUCGCUCCCUCGUUCAAGGCGUCAUUGUAUGCUCAUGUUGUGUCUUCGUACCUACUAUACUGCACGCCAGAAUUGCAUGCUGUGAGGUGAUGACCGGUACACAUGGCGAGAGCGGUCGGAGUAGGCGUCGACGUCAACGUCAACGUCCUCAUUCCGCCGCCUGUUCACGCAAUCCAUUUCCUGUCAGGCUCAUGCUGUCACGAUGCGAUACCUCCAGCCACCAUCGCCCAUCCGGGGAAGGCCCGUUUUGCAGUUGAUUGGCUGCAUUGGUGCGACGCGUGCUUGUGAUCAUCCGCCCCCGGUUUAUCUUCGUGACGCUACAGUUGAGCGUGAGCAGUAUUGGGUGUUGAGUACUGAGUAUGGAGUAUUGGCUCUUGUAUUUGAGCACCCUUCCUCCGCUGAUGCUGACGCUGAGGUGAUACUUCUGUCUCGCUGUGAGAGACCUCUAGCGGAAUAGGAUGCCGCUGACCGGAAGAAAAGGCCAUCACGGUAGCAGUUCGGUAUUGAUCUGCUGAAGG